AGAAGUGCUGCCCCCCGCACUGUAAAUGGCACAACCUUUCCAAUGAGAUAUACACUACCAGUCUAGACCCCCCCUUGUCGAGGGGUUGUUAACUCCAAAGAGGUCAUUUGGGUUUAAUACUAACACUUUCUGGUUUUUUAGCUCUAUUAUCAAGGAGAUUUUCUUCCAAAAUUGGGUUUUGUCCAAGCUCCUGGCUCUUUAGCAUGUUUUUCUUAAAUAAUUUUGUCAAACAAAUCACCACCUCCGGUCUUCAGCAGAAUGUAAGAAUACCACCACUUAUUACGCUAAGAAAUACAUACUAAAUUAUUGUAUACUUACAUGCAUUGUUGUUUUUAUUAAGCACUCAGUAUGUGUUCAGUGCAGUAUAAACAUUAAACAAGAUAGUUCUCCCCCUGGUGAAUUUACAGUCUGAAAGAGCUUCAUAGGAAGGAGUAGUAAUAACAUAUCAUUAAAACACCACCUUUAGUUUAAUCCCUUUUUGUUUUCCUGUGGUUAAUACUCAUUUGCUGUUGAUCAUGACUGGUGUAUCCUGGCACGUCAUGCAGUGCUGUUUUAUGAUGUUACAGCCCCAGUUGUCCACUCUACCCCUCUGCAGGAAGCUCUUGUUCAGCGUGAGUGGAAGAAGAGAGCAUAUGUCUUGUGUUUCAGCUGCUGCCAUACAAAGCCCAGCAGCAUAGCUGAAACCCACCUUUGAUGGUACUCUACAGUAAGACCUUGGUGGCUGUAUCAAAGCACGGCUUCCUUCUGCCACCUCGGCUUCCUCUAAGGACAGCUGGAAAUACUAAUGUCUUCAACAGCUGCAGCAAGAUUCUCUGAAGCUCAUGUGUUAAAGCCCCAAGAGAAGAGACAUUGCAAGAUGUAAAUGGAAACAGGGGCAUCCAAUUUUCACUGAUGUCUGUGGAUUUAGGUUAGGAUUUGACUAUGGCAGUGCAGUUCCUGCGGAAGGCAUCUGUGUGGCUAAAGAAGCGCAAGAUCACUUUGCUGGCUGUUUCUUGCGUGGGACUGUUUGGUGCUAACCUUUCCUAUCAUGUGUUUCCUGAGCAGACAUUCAAACUGUUGCAUGAGUGCUGGUCAGAGGGGCAGCCAGCUGAGCUUUCACAGAGGCUCUGUGGUGUCUUUCAGGACGUCCUUCAAGAUACUGAUGUGAAGUCCACUGACUCCUAUCGAGCCUUUGCAGCUUCUGGCUUCCACCCUGUGAGUGCUGGAAUCCCCUGGCUGCCUGCAGGCUCGUUGGUGGGCAUCCCACCUAACUUUGAUAGCACAACUGAGGAUAAAAAAGGAAUAGUCAACCAUGUUGUUGUGAUCAAUGGCAAAGAAGUAGACUGGGAUAGCAACGAAGGUGUUGCUUUGAAGGAAGCUCUGACAUUUUCACUUAAAGCUCAGAAGUUUGCCAUUGCCAGAGAAGUUGUGUAUUUGCAGAAUGGUAGCCCUUUAGCUAGUGCAGUUGUGGCUCCAACUUGCUUAGCUGGCACAUUUCUCUGUGGGAGAGGUAUAAAGCUCCUUCUGGGUUUAUCACGUGGCCCUGUGAUACUUCGCAGCAUCUGUAACCUCGUAACUGCCGCAGGUGGACUAAUGUGCUAUUACAUUUCCUACGAUGCAAUGACCUAUCACCUAGACUGCAAGGCUGACAGAAUGGCAGCUACUGUUUCCAAAGACUACGCCAGAGGUGGAGUUGAAUUUUAUGAUAAAAUCCUGUCCCGCAACAGGAUUCUUCGUGGUCUGAUGGGCAAACAAGGGAUUAAAAUGUAUGCCCCAAGUGGUAACCUUUUCCCAAGGCACUGGUUCAGAAUAAAGUAUACUCCGUACACUUACCGAAGAGAUUUGAUUGUUAAUAUUUUAAGAGAGCUCCAGGCAUAGGAAGGGAGUGCUUGAAUUUUAAACUUGUGAAUUAUGUAUUCUCUUGGAACACUGCUGUGCUGCGCUCUUUUUUUUUUUUUUUCCCCCCUGUAUCUUCAUUAGAAUUUCAGGGUUUAUUUUUGCAUAGAGUUUGGAAGGAGUUAUUGCACAUUCUGUGAAUAAAGAAUUCUCUCUUAAAAUAUUAAA